GCUGCACGCUUGGCCAUGGCCCUGGAGGCCCGCUGGCGCUACCGGGGGGACCCCCAGGAAGGGCAGCGCGCCCCCCUAGUUCAGUUUACAAACGGGAAACUGAAGAGUUGUGACGGCAUGAAGUUCACCUUGUACAACAGCACUGAUGCCAGUAACCCCAGAAAGAAGCAUAGGAGGAUUUUGAAUGCAGAGACCAACAGGCUUUCCUAUGUCGGAAAUAAUUUUGGAACAGGAUCUCUGAGAUGCAACACCCUAUGCCGGUACUUUGUCGGGGUGCUUGACAAGGACUCUGGAGAAAUGGAAGUCUACAAUGCAGAGUUAUUCCACAUGAAGCCAUUACUUUUAGAUGACGUAGCAAAUGAAGACCUGUCAGAAUAUUUGAACAAAACCUACAGAGAGAAGGUGGAUCUGUGUAUCGAGGCCUUCGGGACCAGCAAGCAGCGGAGAGCUCUGAGCUCACGGAGGAUGAACGAAGUCCAGAAGGAGGUGCUGAGCAAGGCUGUGACUAACGCUGCGGAAAACAUUAUUGAGACGAAGGGCACGGAUGCUGUGGUCAGUGAUGCUACAGAAGAUGAUAAGGCAGACAUCUCCUUGGUCCUUCCUCCGUGCCAUGAGGAUGCUGAAAGGCUGGAAGAUGUCUACAGGUUUGAGGACUUUCUUUCGCCAGCCGAAUAUGAGGCUCUAAAAGCUCCAGCCGCAGCUUUUGUGAACAUAACCUCGGACGAAAUCCUGAAGCUGACGGAAGAGAAACGCCACUGUUCCUUCAUGUUGGAUGAACUGAAGUGCAUGCCCGUGAAUGAGAAGAAGCGAGACCACAAGGCCCGGUGCCUCUGGUUUCUCGAUAGCCUUGUCAAGCUGAGCUUCCAAAGAGUGGUUAAGAAGAAACAGGCAAUGGGGCCUGACUGCCCACAUAUCAUCAGCAACAAACUUGUGAAAAAUUUCACGGCACUCUCCUAUGGCAAUGGCAGGCUUCAGAAUCUAGUUUCUGCAUCCAUGAAAGCAAAGAUAACUGCAUACGUCAUAGCCCUGGCCUUGCAUAUCAACCACUUCCAAACGGACCUGACCGUCUUGCAGAGGGAUCUGAAAUUGCGGGAAAACAGGAUUCUUGACAUCGCCAAGGCCAUGAGGCUAAAGAUCACAAAGAGCAAAAGCCUGUCUGGGUGCGAGGACCACAAACUGGGGACCCUCUGCCUGCCCUUACCCAUCUACAAGAUGCCAGCAGGCCGGAGAAAACGCAAGAUGAAUUAA